GAACGUCGUCGAAGAGAUUCGGCGAUGACCGGCUGGUGGAGGGCCGGGACCGCUUGCUUGAAUCGCCGAUCUCGGCGUUCCAUGUUGGCCUAGACUCACUGUCCCAUGGGAUAUCGCGUGUGACUACAGCUUGUGAACACAGCGUGUGAUCGCAUCUUCGGACUUGUCACGCACUCAUGCCGUAAAGGGGGACGGGGGCGCGAUCACCGAGGAGAGAUGAGCUCGGCUGCCGUCGGGAGGCUGAGAUCCCUUGGAUCCGGAAUCAUCUCAUCCCAGCUGCUGGUGCUCUUGCUAUGUCUCGACAACUGGCUCGCAGGCGUCGAGGCCCUUCGAAUGACAGCACUGAAGAUUCCUCAGCACGUCGUAUUGAAUCAAACGGUCCGGAUGGAGUGCAAUUUCAACCUGGACCGAGAGAGCCUUUACUCGGUGAAGUGGUACAAGGACGGUCACGAAUUUUAUCGCUACGUGCCCAAGGAACAACCCGACGUUCACGUAUUUGCGCUCGCAGGCGUCUCAGUCGACAAGCCCAGCUCGUCGGAACGAGCGGUUGUGUUGAGUCGAGUGGACGGAGAUAGCACCGGCCGUUACAGGUGCGAAGUGUCUGCCGAGGCGCCGGCCUUCAACACCGUCUCGGAUCACGCCGAUAUGACUGUCGUUGUGCUGCCGGAGCGAGGGCCCAUAAUUACCGGGGGAAAACCGAAAUACCAGGCAGGUGACGUUGUCCGCGUGAACUGCACGUCCGCCCCGUCGAAACCACCUGCUCUGCUGAUGUGGUACGUCAACGAGGAACCGCGUUUGGUAGUGAAACAUAGUCGAGGCUAUGCCAUUCGUGUAUUCAUUAGUGCCAUUAAUUACGAGACAAGCGAGACAAUAUGUCUACUAUUAUCUGUCAGCCACUUUGUCCUACUCUGCCACAAAGAACAAGAAUUAGUUACCGAACUUAUUUUCUUAUUAUAUUUCGAGAAAUUAGUACCUCAAGAAUAUAAGAUCAUAUCCACUAGUGAUAAAAUAAUCACCUAA